AUACUCAAAUUUUUCCAACCCAACAAUGCUUUUUUCUACCUUGACAACCAUCUUUCUUUUUUGUGUAACAUUGCCAUUGAUUCACCCUACAAUAACCGCCGCUACCACCACCUUAGGAAAUAAGACCGAUUUUGUGACAUUACUUCAAAUUAAAAAAUCAAUAUCAAGUGACCCUUAUGGAAUUUUGAUGUCAUGGAAUACUUCUAACCAUUUUUGCAGCUGGGGUGGAGUCACAUGUGGCAUCAAACAUCAACGAGUUGUGAUGUUGAACCUUAAAGAGUAUCAUUUGAGUGGGACCAUAUCUCCUUAUAUUGGCAACCUUUCUUUCUUGAGAAUUCUCAACCUUUUUAGCAACAAAUUUUAUGGAGAAAUUCCAAGAGAGUUGGGCCGUUUGUUUAGACUAAGGAAACUCAACCUUUCAAACAACAAUUUGACAGGGGAGUUUCCUAUUAGUUUAACUAAUUGCUCUAAACUAAGAUACUUAAAUUUUUCAGCAAAUAGUUUUCAUGGAAAAAUACCAAUUGAGGUUGGUUCUCUUAAGAAAUUAGAAAAGUUGAGUCUUUUUAAAAACAAUUUUGGUGGGAAAAUUCCACCCUCCAUAGGAAAUAUCUCUUCCCUUAAUGUCUUUUCCAUAGCAGUUAAUAACUUGGAGGGAAAGUUACCUGGAGAAUUUGGACAACUGAAAAAGUUGUCCAUGUUAGUGAUACUUUCAAACAGGUUUUCUGGUAUGCUUCCUUCUUCAUUUUGCAAUAUGACUUCUCUUGCUUUCUUCUCAGCUGCAGAGAACCAAUUUCACGGCUCGCUUCCGGCCGGCAUGUUCUCCGCCCUCUCGAAUUUGCAAAUGUUUGAAAUUGGAAUGAACCAAAUUUCAGGUCCAAUCCCAACUUCAAUAGCAAAUGCAUCUUUGCUUCAAAAAUUUGAUAUUGGUUUCAACAACUUUGUUGGACAAGUUCCAUCUCUUGAAAAAUUGCAACAUCUUACCUGGCUAAACUUAAAUUACAACAAUCUUGGCAGUGGUUCAGAUGGUGAUUUGGACUUUAUAACAUCUUUGGUUAAUUGCACCAAAUUGGAAAAUUUGGUUCUUGGUUCCAACAAGCUGGGGGGUAUUUUACCCAUCUCAAUAGGCAAUUUGUCCACCCAACUCAUUGAAAUAAGUCUCUUUGUUAAUCACAUACAUGGAACUAUUCCUGAAACAAUAGGGAAUAACAUAAAUUUAAUUUCUUUGUAUUUGGGUGACAACCACUUUAGUGGGAAUGUUCCAAAUUCUUUUGGAAAGUUUCAUAAGAUGCAAUCUCUAGAUGUGGGGCAAAACCACCUUUUAGGUGAGAUACCUCCCUCCUUGGGAAAUCUCACUCAAUUGGUUGAAAUAAGUAUUUCAAACAAUAUGUUGGAAGGAAAAAUUCCACCCAUUAUUGCAAACUGGCAAAAAUUGCAGAUUCUAGACUUUUCUAGAAACAAUUUUGCUGGUGAGAUACCUCAGCAGAUUUUUGGACUUCCUUCCUUGUCAAUAUUUUUGAACUUAUCUCAUAACUCAUUCAAUGGCAAUCUAUCUGUUGAAGUGGGAUCCCUUUCAAGCCUUGACACUUUAGAUAUCUCCCAUAACUAUCUCUCCGGGGAGAUUCCGGAGACGAUCGGCGAGUGCAAAAGCAUGGAGUAUCUGGAUUUACAUGGGAAUUCCUUCAAUGGAGUGAUACCUUCAUCAAUAGCUUCAUUGAAAGGACUUACUCAUUUGGAUCUCUCACUAAACAAUCUGUUUGGAACAAUUCCAAUAGAAUUGCAAAGCCUUUCAUUUCUAACAUACUUGAAUCUUUCUUUCAAUAACUUGGAGGGCAAGGUACCAAUAGAGGGUGUUUUCAAGAAUGCGAGCGCAAUAUCAGUAGCCGGUGAUCAUAAUCAUCUUUGUGGUGGUAUAUCAGAGUUGAAUCUAGCAGCAUGCCCUGCUACUAUUGGGUUAAGAAACAAGCACCAUAAUUUGAAGCAAGUAGUAAUCAUCAUUUGUGUGAUUGUUUGCUUUCUGUUAUUUUCAACUCCUGUCUUGUGUUAUUGGAUCAAGAAGAGAAAAAGACCAUCAUUUUUAUCAUCUUGGAAGUCAUCAAUAUUCCAGCUUCCUAUGGUGUCAUACAAAACUCUACACCAUGCAACAGAGGGGUUUUCCACUAACAACUUGAUUGGAUUUGGAAGCUUUGGUUCUGUCUACAAGGGAUUUCUACAACCUGAACAGAAGUUUGUUGCUAUAAAGGUAAUGAACAUCGAAACGAAUGAAGCCAACAAGAGUUUCAUUGCUGAAUGUAAUGCACUGAAGUUUAUGAGGCAUAGAAAUCUUGCAAAGAUUUUAACUUGUUGCUCAAGCAUUGAUUUCAAAGGCAAUGAUUUCAAAGCAUUGGUGUUUGAGUACAUGGCUAAUGGAAGCUUAGAAAAGUGGUUGCAACCUUGUGGUGAAAGCAUUGAAGAUGAAUCACAUCCAUUGGAGCUUGCUCAAAGAUUGAACAUUCUAAUUGAUGUGGCAAAUGCAUUACAUUAUCUUCACUAUGAAUGCGUGGAACCAAUCAUUCACUGUGAUUUAAAGCCAAGCAAUGUGCUCCUUGAUGAUCACAUGGUUGGUCACGUGACUGAUUUUGGGUUAGCAAGGCUUCUCACAGAUUCUAAUCAGCAAUCUAGCACCAUUGGGUUAAAGGGAACCAUUGGAUAUUCUCCUCCAGAAUAUGGAAUAGGUUCUCCGGUGUCAAUGCAAGGUGACACAUAUUCUUUUGGAAUUUUAGCAUUGGAAAUGUUAAGUGGAAAGAGACCAACAGAAGAAAUGUUCAAAGAUGGAGAAAAUCUACAUCAUUAUGUGAGCAUGGCAUAUUCAAACAACCUGUUAGAGAUUGUGGACUCAACUCUUUUCACAAAUCAAAUACAACGAAGAUCCACUGAGGAAGAAAGCAUUAUAGAGAAUGUGAUCAUCAUUCUUCCAAAAGAAGAGACUUGUGUGUUUUCUCUAACAAGAAUUGCACUUGCUUGUUCAAUGGAAUCUCCCAAUGACAGAAUGAACAUCAAGGAUGUUAUUAGGGAGCUCAAUCUUUCUAGAAGUGCAUUUCUUCAUGGUUAA